GCCCAGGGGCUGGUGUGGCCCAGGAGGGCAGAAGUGGGGGUUGGGGAGAGGCUUGGGUCUUGCCUUCUCCUGGGCUCAGCAUUCAGCCACUUAGAUCCCUUCUGUGUUUCGCUCUGAGCUGGACUGAGGCACCUCCUACCCGGGUGCCAGGCUUGCUUAGUCUCUCUCUAUAGCCCCCAACUCAUCCUUUUCCCAGGCCCAGUGUUGUUUCUGCUCUCACUCUUUUCUGCCCAGGCAAGAAUCACCCUUUUCCCCACAGGGUCAAAUCCCCAGAAAGACUGGAGGGGGGCCCCCAGGCUCAGGGUGGCCAAGUUUAUAUCUUUAAGACAUUUCCUGCCACACAGGGUUAGGGUUCAGUGGGGGCCGCUGGGCACUGCCAGGUGCUGUUUUCCUUCCCUGAUUAGAAGGCUAACCAGGCGUGCAACCAACAUAGGGGCUGUGGACAGAUGAAUACAGCGCACUCGGCAGGCACAGAGGACCAGCCAACCGGGCCAAGAUUUGGGAGCAUUUUCUUGAGGGAGGCAGGGAGACUCAAGCUGAGCUUGGAGUAAAUGAUGACUGGGAUAUCUAAAGGAUGGGUAGCCCCCUAGCUGUUUGAAAGUUGUUCCAGCUGUUGGGAAUGGCAUGGCAGAAUGCAUGGACUUAGAAAAUGAGAUGAGGAGAGGAGAAUAGAGACAAGAUGGGUUUGAAUGGAGAGAAGUAUAGAGGAGGAUGCAGCAGAGCAAUGGGGAAGGGACCCAAGCUUUGAUGAGGGGUCAACAUGAGUCCUAAUCUGAGUUCCAGCACUGGCCUACCAGCUGUGUGAUAAAUUACUCAGCUUCUUUGAGUCUCCAUUGCCUCGUGCAUUGAAGACAAUAACUCACAGCUCACAGGUUUGUUGUGAGGAUAAGAGUUAAGGAACAGACUACUCCUAGCACAGAAUAGGUAUUCCUUAAGUGGUGGCUGCUUUAAUAAGCCCAAGUAGAGAGCAACAGGAAGUCAGAUAGUUGAUGGAGGAGUAAAAGGGUAUAGUCCAAACAGUGAGGAAGGGAGCUGAUAUUACUAGGAGCUCUGUGGAAAGAUCAUGGCAGAGCGAGAGAAGGAGAAAACUGGAAUGAGCUAGACAGGCCCUGACCCAAGCCUGGCCACAGAAUACAUAUGACAGUGUGGAGGAAACAGUGCAGUGACUAAGGUGCUAUGGAACCGCAGGGUGGAGGCAGGGAAGAGAAGCAGGUGAAGAGGGAGAGGGAUGGAGGGGUUUUGUCUUAGCCGCACCAAACCGAUGAAGGCAGCUGGAAAUUCAGAAGAAAAUCUGAAAAAAAGCCCCCUGUCCUGUCCUGCCAGAGGCUGCCUGUGAAAUGGGGGAGGGAGUAUGGAGUCUGAGGCUGAGUGUAACCUCAUUUGGCCAAGCCAGGCCCCUCUUUCCCAAACCAAAAAGAUGCAAGGAUUUCCUAUAGCUGGAAGGAGGGACAGGAAAGAGGUAGGAGCAGAAAGAGAUAGACUUGAACGUGCGUGUGUGUAUACGCAUACACACGCAUGCAGGCACAUGUGGAAAGGAAUGCUGAGAACAUUUUUUUGAGUUCUGCGAUCUAAUUGAUCUCAGAAUGCAGUGUCCUUAAAGGAAGAGAGGCUGCCAAGGUACAAAGACUUUGAGGUCAGAGGAAAACAAAUUUGAAAUUUGACUCUACCAUUUAGCAGAAGUGCAGUUGUCAUUGAGGUAAGUUGUUUAACUUCUCUGAGCCUCACCUUCUCUAUCUGAGAAGUGGGUAUAAUAUUAGUUGCAGGGACUAAGGACAAUCUCCUGAUUUUGACCUGUGCUUGAGUGCUUGGGCAAAUCUGGAUCUGAAGACAAGGCCAGAGCCAGACAUGGUCAGAGAAAUCUUGUCUAAUUAAACACAGGAGCCAAACAUGCCUGGAGCAACACAGAGCAUAUCAACACCUGGACUUUAACCCAAAGUCACAAAAACAGUUUGGAUUUCAAAAUCAGCUAGCCUACACUUCGGGGAACACCAUCUGCAAAAGCACAAAGACUGUACCGUGUAGAGCCUAGACUUCUGCUUCAGACACUUCUGUGUUUCCUCCUACUCAGACACUUCGGCUGUGUGACCUUAAGUGUGAAUGAGGCAGGAUGAACUGGACGGGUUUGUACACCUUGCUCAGCGGCGUGAAUCGGCAUUCUACUGCCAUUGGCCGAGUAUGGCUCUCUGUCAUCUUCAUCUUCAGAAUCAUGGUGCUGGUGGUGGCUGCCGAGAGCGUGUGGGGUGAUGAGAAGUCUUCCUUCAUCUGCAACACCCUCCAGCCUGGCUGCAACAGUGUCUGCUAUGACCACUUUUUCCCCAUUUCCCACGUGCGUCUGUGGUCUCUGCAGCUCAUCUUGGUGUCCACCCCAGCUCUCCUUGUGGCCAUGCACGUGGCACACCAGCAGCACAUUGAAAAGAAAAUGCUUCGACUUGAGGGCCACGGCGACCCCCUGCACCUGGAGGAGGUGAAGAGGCACAAGGUCCACAUCUCAGGGACACUGUGGUGGACCUAUGUGAUCAGCGUGGUCUUCCGGCUGCUGUUCGAGGCUGCUUUCAUGUAUGUCUUUUAUCUGCUCUACCCUGGCUACGCCAUGGUGCGGCUGGUCAAGUGUGAUGCCUACCCCUGCCCCAACACAGUGGACUGCUUCGUGUCCCGCCCCACGGAGAAAACCAUCUUCACGGUCUUCAUGCUGGCCGCCUCAGGCAUCUGCAUCAUCCUCAAUGUGGCCGAGGUGGUGUACCUCAUCUUCCGGGCCUGUGCCCGCCGAGCCCAGCGCCGCUCCAAUCCACCCUCCCGCAAGGGCUCGGGGGGCUUCGGCCAUCGCCUCUCACCUGAAUACAAGCAGAAUGAGAUCAACAAGCUGCUGAGUGAGCAGGACGGCUCCCUGAAAGACAUACUGCGCCGCAGCCCCGGCACCGGGGCUGGGCUGGCCGAGAAGAGUGACCGCUGCUCGGCCUGCUGAUGCCACAGACCAGGCAACCUCCCAUCCUGUCCCCCACCCCUGUCCUGCCCCAAGCCUGCCCCUCCUUCUCCCCUGCCAGUGUGCAGGCCUCUGCCUGCUAGGGGUUGCUCCAUCAAAACUUUCCUUCCCUCCCUACUUCCCUUCCUCCCCAGGGCCUUCUGCCUCAGGGCCUGAAGGUGUGGGGAGCUGGAGGCCACCCACGCCAGCACUCAAGGCUAUCGGGGGUGCAGGCAGCUCUCGUUGCCCGCACCCCUUCCUCUUCCCUCUCCCUCUCCCUGGGACCACUGGGGACCAGAGGUGGGAUGCUCUGACAACAUCUCCAAUUAUGAAACUAAUCUUAACCCCAUGCUGUCAGAUACCCUAUUUCUGGAGUCACAUCAGUGGGGAGGGAUGUGGGCAAGUGGAGUGGAGGGAGGGUGCUGUGGAUGUGUGGGUGGGGAAGGGAGGGUAGCAAACGCAAGAAAAGGAGGAACAGUGCUUGCCGGCCCUGAGGAAAAGGAGGACAUGUCUGGAGUGGAGGAGCUAGGGAGGGAGAAGCAGGCAGAUAAGUUGGAGUGGGGGUUGGUCAGGGUUGCCUUUGCCUCUAGUCCCCAAGGCCUCUCUGUGCCUGAAAUGUUACACAUUAAACAGGAUUUUACAGUAAACGAA